AUGACUAGAAUCGUUGUCAUUGGCGCCGGUGUUGUUGGCUUGACCACCGCUUAUCUGCUGUCAGAAAAAGGCUACGACGUUACCAUCAUCGCUAAACAUCUUCCUGGCGACUUGUCUAUAGAGUACACAUCGCCGUGGGCAGGUGCUAACUGGUCCAGUUUUGCGACUAAGGACAAUGUUGUAGUGCAAAACCUCGACAAAGCGGCCUAUCUCAAGUUCCUCCAUCUGGCUGAGAGAGUUCCCGAAUCAGGCAUAAUCGUGAGAGAAUGCAUGAACUACGACAGCGUUGCCAAAAUACAAGGGAAAACAAAAGAUCAAUACACGCCCUGGUACUCUUCUUUUGUGGAAGAUUUCAAGGAAUUGCCUCUUGAAGAUUUGCCCGAGGAAGUGGGCUAUGCCUAUUCGUUCAAGACCGUGGUCAUCAGCACCUCCAUUUAUCUGAACUAUCUUUUGAACAAAUGCGUGCAAAACGGGGUCGUUCUGAAGAGAAAAGUGCUUAAUCAUAUUGACGAAUCAUUUUCUCUGCAUUCUACUGGUUUAAGAGUUGAAGUCGUGGUGAACUGCUCUGGCCUCCUCUCUGCAAAGCUUGGUGGGGUCAAGGACCCCAAUGUGUUCCCUAUCAGAGGCCAAACCAUGCUGGUUGAAAACGUGAUGGACAGACAAUUUUCGUACGAUUACAGAGAUCCUGAACACCCGGAGGAUAUUUUCUAUGUCAUGCCUAGAAGAGAGGGAGGCUCGAUUGUUGGUGGCUGUUUCAUCCCCAACAGUGACUCUGACGAGAUUGAUCAUGAACAGGCCAAUAGAAUGAAGGCGAUGGCUAUGAGGUGGUGUCCCGACCUGGUUGACCAGAAGAAGGGAAACCCCCCAAACUUGAACGUUUUGAAAUAUCAAGUUGGCCUGAGACCCGGUAGGAAGGGAGGCUACAGAAUAGAAGCAGAAGGUAAUGUGGUUCAUAAUUACGGUCAUGGAGGUGCUGGGUACCAGUCGAGUUACGGGUCUGCUGAAAAAGCCAUUCAAUUGAUUGAACAGAUUCUAAACAGGCCAAAAUUGUGA